GAAUGGACAUCAGUUCCAUUUCUUCUUUACACACCGUUGAUCGUUGCACUAUUCUACGGGAACCUUCCUCGCCGACAUCAAGAUGAAAUUAUUCAUUGCAGUAUUCGCUCUGAUCGCAGUGGCCGCUGCCGAAUUCACUGUCUCAACCACCGAGGACCUGCAGCGUUUCCGUACGGAAUGCGUUACAUCGCUGAACGUUCCAGCUGAAUCGGUGGAGAAAUUCAAGAAAUGGGAGUUCCCCGAAGACGACAUGACCAUGUGCUACAUCAAGUGCGUGUUCAACAAGAUGCAACUGUUCGACGACACCGAGGGACCACUGGUAGACAACCUGGUCCAGCAGUUGGCUCACGGCCGUGAUGCCGAAGAGGUCCGAACGGAAGUCCUGAAGUGCGUCGACAAGAACACCGAUGACAACACCUGCCAUUGGGCGUUCCGUGGAUUCAAGUGCUUCCAGAAGAACAACUUGUCGCUGAUCAAGGCAAGCAUCAAGAAAGAUUAAGUGCAAUGCUGUU